CGAGCUAGGGAAACUAAACUGCUACAUUUUGACAGUGGCAGUUGCCUGUCAGGUGAAUUUUCAACAGGUGUAAAGAUGUCUGAUCCAAGCAAGCAGGAGAUAUCGACGAUAUUUAAGCGGUUGCGCUCAAUACCAACGAAUAAGGUAUGCUUUGACUGUUCAGCCAAGAAUCCCAGCUGGGCAAGCAUCACCUAUGGAGUAUUCCUCUGUAUUGACUGCUCUGGGACUCAUAGGUCAUUGGGCGUACACCUGUCCUUCAUCAGGUCCACAGAGUUGGACUUCAACUGGUCAUGGUUCCAGCUGCGCAGUAUGCAGGUCGGAGGCAACGCCAGUGCGAUGGCUUUUUUCAAUCAGCAUGGCGGCACAUCAAGCGCUGCCAAUACUAAAUACAACAGCAGAGCUGCUCAGCUCUACAGGGAGAAGAUCAAGACUAUGGCAACCCAGGCCACCAGACAUCAUGGCACAGAGCUUUGGCUGGACAGUCAGCCUCUCUCUCCAUCGCCCACAGAUAAGCAGGUGGACUUUUUCAGCCAACACACACAGGUGACCUCAAAUGACCCCAUCUGCCUGGAGCUUAACUCUGACCUAUCAGCCGAGGACUCCUCGUCAACCAUGGAGAAGAAUAACAACGAAGAAGGACCCACAGUUGAUAUGCUCAGUGUCUCUCCUAAAGCUGCUCUAGACACAGCCUGUCUGUUCAAGAAGAAACCAACGGCAGCAAAGAAAACGCUUGGCUCUAAGAAGGGUGGACUGGGGGCCCAGAAAGUGAGCAGCCAGAGCUUCUCUGCGCAGGAGAAGAGGGCCCAGGCCGUGGACAAACUCCGAGCGGAGACCAGCGUCAGCGCCAGCACAAAACCUGCCGCGGAACCCGAGGAAUCCAAUGUGUCCUCUCUGAGGCUGGCCUACCAGGACCUGGAGGUGCAGGGAAAGAGCCAUGGGGAGAAGCUGAAGGGUCUAGAGGGAAAGAGGAAAGAACAAGCUGAGAGACUGGGCAUGGGCCUUGGCGCCAGAGGUGGGGUGUCCCACUCUGUGAUGUCCGACAUGCAGACCAUCAAGCAGGAGUCCCCAGCAGACCUUCAGCCGCCUCGUCUCAGCAGGUUUGAGGAGGAUGACCGAGAGGACCACGGCACCUUCUCCUCCUCCAGAAUGUCAUCCAAAUACCUCGAUGAUAAAGCAGAUUCAUCCGACAGCUUCUUCUCCCAGUGGGGUGGAGCAUCCAGAGAGGCUUCCAGGAAGAACGAGUCUAUUAAGCCAGAGCCAGACUUCUACAUCAACUCAAAGACUUCCUCUCAGGAUGACCGGCCCACUUCCCGAAGGAAACAUGACGCAGGCCCGAGCUCCUCCUCGGACGAGGCACAAAGGAAGUUCGGGGAUGUGAAGGCCAUCUCCUCUGACAUGUACUUCGGAAAGCAAGACGAUUCAGAAUAUGAGGCAAGAACUCGCCUGGAGAGAUUCUCGGGAAACUCUGCAAUUAGCUCCGCUGACCUGUUUGACGAGCAGAAGAAGUCCAACACUACAGGCUACACUCUGACCAACGUCCUGCCUAAUGCGCCGGACAUGACGCAGUUGAAGCAGGGAGUGCGCUCUGUUGCCGGCCGCCUCUCUGUAAUGGCGAGUGGAGUUGUGUCCACCAUUCAGGAUCGCUACAGCACAUGAGCUUGGAGGGGCGUCUAUUCAACUCAGAGACGUGGACCACAGACCAGAGGGCUGUACUGUAUGUGACCACCAUUCAGCAUUGGAUUCCGGUUCUAACCCACACACUGAUUGUGUGCGAUGCAUCGAUGUAGCUUUAUGAAGUAGAUAGAUGUUCGAUCUGCCACAGAGCUGGAGAAAUGCCUCUGUGAGUUUGGUAUGGAAAGCCAAAGCUUUUGUGUAUAACCAAAUCAAGGGGUGAAGGAGUUUCUUUUUCCUUCACGUUCUCUUUAUAAAUGGCGGCUUAUGUUGGUUAUAUCUUUCUUGGGCACUUUCUUUUUUUAUAACGUACAGCAGACUUUUGAUUUGGGAUUAUAUUUUUGGUAUAUGCUUUUGCAGAUAUUCAUUAAUUUUGUGGUUAAUGCUGAAGUACAAGAGUGUGUGUCUCUUUGCCUUAUGUGGUGGGAGUGUCAUGUAAAAUGUCACCUCAUCUUUAGAAUUCCUGUAAGUCUUGAAGAUCACUAAAAUUGCUGAUGGACUGAAAAUUACCCAUAGGCCAGUUAUUUAGUUGCUUCAAAUUGAGGUGUAGUUGACAGUUUGGAUCUAUACAGUCUUGGUUUGGUUUUUUGUUUUCUGUAUAUUAUCUUGUCAGUUUAGUUUACACAUCCAGCAAAAUACUUGUUCAGAUAGCUGAGCAAAUAUAUAAAGAGAGUUGGCUGUUCGGAAGGAUAAAACAAAACUCUAAAGUCAAACAAGCCAAUAUCUUGUUAAUUACAGAGAUACACACUAUAAUGAUGUGCAAUUUGGAAUCUGCAUCUUCAUUUUAAAAGUUUGAUGAAGGUUAAGACUCAUUUGAUGUAGAAACCCUUGCACAUGCAUUUUGCAAGAAUGUAGGGUCUGCCAACACUGUUAGAAGGAAGCUGAAGUUGUUUGCUUGCUACCAUUAUAGGUUCUUCUGUCACUUUUAUAGAUGGCUGUUACUGCUGUAGUUAUUUUUCUGUUUAGCACUUUUUACACUGUUUAUUUUGCUAAUUUCUUGUUUGAAGUGAACCACCAUCUCACACAAAAAAAAUGUCUGUUGGGAAUUACAAUAAGAAUUCCUGCACAAAGGGCAGUGCAAAGCUUUAAUGAGCAAAUGUAAUUGCAUUAAUGUCAUAUGGCUGCUCCCGUCCACAUAGUUUAAUUGUACAGUACAUCUUGAUAUGGAUCAUGAGGCUAUUUACAGUCAAGUGCAGAGUAGUCUAACCUGUUUUACACUGAUGAAAUGGGAAUCCUCCUGUUUGAUAUGCUGUGUUUGCUGAUGAGCACAAGGGACAACAAAUGUACAAAAUUAAUAAAAGAGGGUUAUUGAUUUAAAAGUGGUGCAUGGGAAUACAAUGAAAUUAAGUUUGCUAUGGCCAGUUGAGGUGUGUUUUAUAGUGAAGGAGUUUGUUUUGCCUUUUGGACAUUACCAGUUGUGUAUUUCCUGCUCAGUAUAAAUGCUUAUUAAACUGUACCCAAAUGUAAA